AUGGACCAAGAUGGAUAUCCAAUUUAUCGUCGUCGCAAUAGUGGUCAAGUAUAUAUUGUGAGAGGACAGGAAGUUGAUAACAGGGAUGUGGUACCAUACAAUGCAUAUCUUUCUAAACGGUUCAACUGUCAUAUAAAUGUAGAAAUUUGUGCUGAAGUGAGAUGUGUUAAGUAUAUACAUAAGUAUAUUUACAAGGGUUAUAAUCGCACAACAAUGGUUUUGGGAUUGAUUAAUGAGAUCCAACAAUAUCUUGAUGCGAGGUAUAUUGGACCACCAAAAGCUGCUUGGCGAAUAUUCGGUCAUCAUUUGCAUGCAAAGAUGCCAACAGUUGUUCGCUUGGCACUUCAUCUACCUAGAAUAAAUCGUGUUCUUUUCAAUCCUAAUGACUCAUUCGAAAUGAUUCUUUCUAGAGUUGCGCAACAAAAAUCGACUCUUACUGGUUUUUGUGAUUAUUGUGCUUCCGAUGAAAAUGAAUGCCAAUUCACUUACCAAGAAUUUCCGCAACAUUUGUUUGGCUCAAGUCAGAACAUAGAUGGAAACCAAGAGAACAUGGAUAUGCAAUUGGUAGAAUGUACUUUGCUAGCCCUAACUGUGGUGAAAGAUUUUAUCUACGUUUGUUGUUAA